AUGGGAGGCCGUCUUUAUGGCGAAACCCGCGCGGUCAACCGCUGGGUUGAGCGGUUCAACAUGGAUCGGAAGCAAGCCCUGGAUCGCUGGGAUAUGGAGGUGGCUUCUGCCAAGGUGACGAACCAAAACGGACCCGUUGGGUCACCUGUCAAACUAGAUGAUUUUAUCAUCGUGGAAGACGCGGUUGUGGACGAAAAAAUCAAACAAAAAGAAUUCAAGAGACAGAAGUUCACUGAUGAGGUGGAGGGGUUAAUGGAUGAAGGUCUGCUUGGCAGAGCAGGCAGGGAGAAGGACAUCGAGAAGUUCGGUUUGGCUAGGAUGGACAACCCAGACAUGGUCUCUAGCUUGUUCGGUCGUCCCAACAAGAUUGCUGUGGGUGUCAAUGAGCCCGCUGCCGAAGCAGAGAAGGAGACCAAGGAGAAGGAGAAUCGGAAGCCUUUUGAUGCAGCUACGGAGAAGCUGGAAGUUGCUGCCUUCACCGAUGAAAGUUUCGAUGCCGCGAUGGCAUCGACCGAGACCCCGCUCAACGAGCUGGCGGCAAUGACACUGCUGCGUGCCAGGCGGCCAGGCGGUUCGUUGCCUCGGGCUUUGCUUGGAAGUUACGCUCCAGGCAGAGCGCAGACGGAUGAUCCUGCGAAAGGACAAGAGGAUGCCGAUCAGUAUGAGGCCGUCUUGAAAUGCAACCCGGAGGCAGAGCUGCCGGAGUCGUUUUUGCAGAUGCAGCCUUUGCUGCACAUCUCCCAGAAGCUUGGCAAUUCUUUGAAGACUUUGGCGACACCCGCUGAAAGGAAGAGCAUCGAGACUGACUUUAAGCCUGUGGUCAACAUCAUAUCGCUCAUGCGGACAUCCCUCAAAUCUGCGCUAGGCAAGACGAAAAAGUUCAACAAAGAUCGCCACGCAAGCGAGGAGCGGGUGAAGCGCCAGCAAGACCAGCAGGCAGUGAAGGCAAGAGCAACAAAAAAAAAGAAGAGAGAGCAGGAAGCUCAGAAGAUCAACAAAGCUGCGGAAAAGCAGGGGCGAGUUGACAACAUCUUUGGCAUCGAUUUGCUGAAACUGACAAUUUUCGCUCGGACAAGAGCGCCUGCAAAGUCGUGCGUCCAGCACUGUACAACGGAGCUCAAAGCGUAA